AUGGCAGCAGACGACCUCGACGCCCAGGAGGCUUUGGCGAGGGAAUUCCAGCCGUCAUUAGAGGGUCCCUUGGUGGGGGAGAAGAAGAGCAGCCAUGCCAUCACAGAAGAGUACGCCAAGGCAGACCCGGUGUACGUUGCGAAGACAGCGGCGUUACCGCAGAAGUAUUCGCAUUAUCGCCCGAUCCUUGGGGAUGGCAAUUGCGGAUGGCGGGCUACCGGCUUCUCAUACUUCGAAACGUUGAUCUCACUGCGAAAUGCCGCACAAUUGGAGGAAGAGGUUGCGCGGAUGACGUCGUUGAAUAACUUCCUUACAACCGUGGGUGGAUUCCAAGAAUGGGUAUUUGAAGACAUGGUGGAUGAGACAAUAGGGCUAUUGAAGGAGUUGGCAGCGUUAAUACCCAACUCUGUGGAGGCAGCUCAGGAACUGCUGAUGCAGCGGUUCAACAAUCCCGAAAUAUCGAAUGCUAUCAUCUAUCACCUGCGGCUGCUCGCCAGCUCUUGGUUAAAGGGCAAUCCCGCACCUUAUCAGGACUUCAUACAAGGAGAUCUGGGGAUUGAUGGAUACUGCAAGGAGUGGCUCGAGGCCCCGAAUCAGGAGAUCGACCAUCUGGGCAUCAUGCUUCUCAUCGAUGUCCUCCUGAAGCCUGUCGGAUUCGCUGUCGAGAUCAUAUAUCUUGACCGAAGCGCAGGCUCACAGGUGAACAGCCACAUGUUCCAAGACGAAGAGGAUGGAGUGCCUACGAAUCCAGGUAGUCCAAUUAUACACCUCCUCUACCGGCCGAGCCACUAUGAUAUACUCUACAAAGACAACAACGCCGCGUUCUUGCUCCAACAGCAGGUCGGUGAAGUUGUGGUAAACCCGAAUAUUCAGGUCAAUCGAGCAACAAGUUUCAGCCAUCACCAUGAUGUGCGAAGCACGCCGUCGUCGCUACAUGGCUUUUCUGACCUCGACAUGACUGCUCUCCUCAGCAUCCCGGGAUUCUGCGCCCCACCUCCAUCCCAUCACGGCUUCCCUGCGCAAUACUCGCCAGUAGAGUCGACAUUCCCUGGAUCGCCGAUUUCAGCGGUAUCACCCGCCUCUUCUGGCCCAUCCCCAGGCAACACGUCAAGUGUCUCCCUAGCGACUCAAUUCCCGCCUCAACAACCAACCCAAAUCUUGGCAUCCCCAAUUCUAUCCGCGUUCCCAUCCCCGGAGACCCAACUUCCCAUACACAACCACACAUCACAAUCAAAUCCCAUCGGCCCACCGCUAUCGAGCCACGCUCCUCUACCGUCCCAUCCACCACUCCCUUCGGAACUCUCCCCUCCAAACUCAGCGUCCAGUUUCCGCCCAAGUAAAUACGAAUGGGAAGCCGCAGCCGAUUGGCAAGAAGGCCCGGUCGUCUUCAAAACCUCCACGUUCAAGAACUCACACUACAACACAGCACAUUACAAUAACCCAAACUUCCAACCCGAAGAGUGGAGCCCUGACUGCGAGGAGUCGGAGAAUGGUAGCAAGAGUCGCAAGAGAAGCACUUGA